AUGAGCUUCUCUGGUGCCUUUGCUCGAACCGCGGCCGUCAGGGGCCCCGUCCUCAGGCCUGUAGCUGCUGACAAGGUCAAAUGGUGGGCCAAGAAAAAGGCAUGCGAUGGAGAGAUCACACGCCAUAUUUCUGCUCAUGAAAUCCACCCUAUCGGUCCAUGGUUGAAGACUUUCCCCAAGAAGGUGAUUGACCGUGCCCCUACUUACAUCCUGUACCCUGGUGGCUGCGCUGUCCUCACUUACGGUGUCAUCGCCGCCGCUGCUGGAGCUUCCGCAGCAGAAGAACGUUCCCACAGAUGGUAA